GAUGUGAUGGGAACAGCAAAGUUUAUAUACAACCAAGAAAAUAAAAAUCACGUAAAAUGGCGACACAGUAUUCUGACCUUGAGAAGGCCAUUAACACCUUGGUCACAAACUUCCAUGUUGCUUCUUCUGAUAAUCGGCCUACACUGAAGGCAGAUGAGUUCAAGAGCCUCCUCUCCUCCCAGCUGCCAACUUUAAUCAAGUCGGAUAAUUUUGCAGAUGUGAUGAAGCAAAUGGGUGUGAAAGAUGGGGAAGGCAUCAGCUUCAAACACUUCUGGAGCCUGAUCCAGAAUUUGGCCACAACCCAGCAUGGUCUGCUGAGGAACGAGAAGCUGUCCAAAUGCACCUGCCUUUUACUAUGAGUCAUGGGCUCCAAUUGCAUCUGCCACAAAGAUUUGGUCUCUCUGCGUCUCUGCAUUUAUCCAGAACCUCUCAUCUCCAAACAAAACACUAACUUUUCUUUCUAAGCAUUCCAAUAAAUACAAUUAAAUUUAAAACA